UCUCUUUGCAAAGUCAGGGAUCAUGAGAUUGAAAGUGAAGAACAUUUUAAGAUGAUUGCUGAAAGAGAACUGGGACGAGUGAAGGAUGAAAUUCAACGACUAGAAAAUGAGAUAACUUCAAUACGGGAAAAAAAAAAUGAUAAGGAAAAUUCCAUAUUUAAAAUUACUCAAAAAUUGGAUGGUUUGAAAUGUCAAAUGAACUGGGACCAGCAAGCAUUGGAGGCCUGGCUGGAAGAAUCAGCUCAUAAAGAUAGUGAUGCUCUCACUCUUCAGAAGUAUGCUCAGCAAGAUGAUAAUAAAAUUAGGGCCCUGACCCUGCAAUUAGAAAGAUUGACUGUGGAAUGUAAUCAGAAAAGAAAGGUACUUGACAAUGAAUUUGCAGAGACUCUAAGUGUACAGUUAGAAUUGGAUAAAGCAGCCCAAGAUUUUCGACAGAUUCAUAAUGAAAGGCAAAAACUCAUUCUACAGUGGGAGAGCACAAUAGAACAGAUGCAGAAGAGAGAUAAAGACAUCGAUAACUGUGCCGUGGCAUUAGCAAGGAUAAAGCAGGAAAUAAGAGAGAAAGAAAAUCUGGUUAAGGAAAAAAUCAAGUUUUUGGAAAGUGAGAUUGGGAAUAACACAGAGUAUGAAAAAAAAAUUGCUGCUGCUGAUCGUAAAGUUUUAAAAUGUAGAAUGGAAUAUCAACGUCAUGAAGCUAGUAGAAUUCAGCUGAAGGAUGAGCUGGAUUCUUUAAAAGCCACUGUGAAUAGAAGUUCCAGUGAUUUAGAGGCUCUGAGAAAAAAUAUUUCCAAAAUAAAGAUGGACAUUAAUGAAGAAACAGCAAGGUUAUGCAAAAUUAAAAAUCAUAAUCAGAUUGUAAGAAAAAAAUUAAAGCAGAUAACUGACAAAACUAUGUCUGUAGAGGAGAAAGCUACCAACUUGGAAGACAUGCUGAGGGAGGAAGAAAGAGGUGUGAAGGAAGUAGAAGUUCAGUUGAACAUAGUUAAAGAUGUGUUAUUUAAGAAAGUUCAGGAAUUACAGACUGAAACAAUGAAAGAAAAAGCUCUUGUAUCUGAAAUUGAAGGAACCCGUUCUUCUCUAAAGCAUCUCAACCAUCAGUUACAUAAACUGGACUUUGAAACUUUGCAGCAGCAAGAAAUUAUGUACACUCAGGAUUUUUACAUUCAACAAGUAGAACGCCGAAUGUCACGCUUAAAGGGAGAAAUUAAUUCAGAAGAAAAACAAGCCCUUGAAGCAAAAACUGUUGAACUUCAGAAGACAUUGGAAGAGAAGAAAUCUGCACUUUGCCUUUUGGAAACACAGAUCAAGAAGCUUCAUAGUGAUCUUUACUUUACCAAGAAGUCGAAUAGUAAAUACCGUGAUGAAAAACAGUCCCUCAUGACCAAAAUAAAUGAACUAGCCCUUUUCAAUGACAGAUCAGAGAAAGAACUUACUAAAGCCAAAGCUUUCAAACAGGAUUUGAUGAUAGAAGACAAUCUUUUAAAACUUGAGGUUAAACGUACUCGAGAACUGCUUCACAGUAAGGCAGAAGAAGUUCUUUCUCUAGAAAAAAGAAAACAACAAUUACACACAGCUAUGGAAGAACGGACCGAAGAAAUUAAGGUUCACAAAACAAUGCUUGCAUCACAAAUAAGAUAUGUUGAUCAAGAACGGCAAAAUAUAAGUGCUGAGUUUCAUGAGCGGCUAAGUAAAAUCGAUAAGCUGAAGAAUAGAUAUGAAAUUCUUACUGUUGUUAUGCUGCCUCCUGAAGGGGAAGAGGAGAAAACUCAGGCCUACUAUGUAAUAAAGGCUGCUCAAGAAAAAGAAGAACUCCAAAGGGAAGGUGACAGUUUGGAUGCUAAGAUCAACAAGGCUGAGAAAGAAAUCUAUGCUCUCGGAAACACCCUGCAAGUGCUCAACAGCUGCAACAACAAUUACAAACAAUCUUUUCAGAAAGUGACUCCAUCUAGUGCUGAGUAUGAGGUAAAAAUUCAACUAGAAGAACAAAAAAGAGCUGUUGAUGAAAAAUACAGAUACAAACAAAGACAAAUCAGAGAACUACAGGAAGAUAUCCAGAGCAUGAAAAAUACUUUAACAGUUAUAGAACACUUAACAAAUAAUGUCAAAGAAAAAGUAACAGAGAAGCAAGCUUAUGUACUUCAAUUAAAUAGAGAAACUGAGGAACAGAAGCCAAAAUUAGAAAGAGUAACUAAACAGUGUGCAAAACUCAUCAAGGAAGUCCGUCUUUUGAAAGAUACAAAAGAUGAAACACUAGAAGAACAAGAUAUCAAACUUCGUGAAGUGAAACAGCUUCACAAGAUCAUUGAUGAAAUGUUAAUUGAUAUCAUACAAGAAAAUGCUGAGAUCGGUGUUAUCCUUCAAACAUACUUUCAACAGAGUGGUUUAGAACUACCUACAGCUAGUACUAAAGGUAGUCGUCACAGUUCUAGAUCUCCUUCCCAGACUUCACUGUUAUCAGUAAGGUCAUCUAAGAGUACAAGCACUUCUGCUUCUCAGACUUCGAUCAAAGUAUUAGAGCUGAACUUCCCAGCCUCUCCGCUAACUGGCAGCACUUCCAGACCAACUAGUGCUAGCAGUUCCUCCAGUACUGGUAAAAGCAGAAAGACCAAUAAAUAAACAUUUUAAAUCUCUCUUGAA